AUGCCCGGACGGACGAAAAGGACAUCGCCACUGAAGGCACCAGACCGUGCCUAUCUCGCACUCGGACUGGAAGGGUCAGCAAACAAACUAGGCGCCGGUAUAAUCAAGCACGCUGAAGAUGGGUCAACCACAGUCUUGUCGAACACCCGACAUACAUACAUCACCCCUCCGGGGGAAGGAUUCCAGCCUCGGGAUACCGCGCUUCAUCAUCGCGAAUGGGCUCUUAAAGUCAUCGACGACUGUCUGAAGCAGGCCUAUGUAUCAUUGCAUGAUAUAGACUGCAUAUGUUUUACGAAAGGGCCGGGAAUGGGUGCACCAUUGCAGUCGGUAGCUUUGGUUGCGCGAACGCUUUCUCUUCUCUACGACAAGCCACUUGUUGGUGUGAACCAUUGUGUUGGCCACAUCGAGAUGGGACGCGAAAUCACUGGUGCCCAAAACCCCGUUGUCCUAUACGUUUCCGGAGGAAAUACACAAGUCAUUGCAUAUUCUCGUCAAUGUUACCGUAUCUUUGGAGAAACACUUGAUAUCGCUGUAGGAAACUGCCUCGACCGAUUUGCACGAGUGAUCAAUCUCAGCAACGACCCGAGUCCCGGGUAUAAUAUCGAGCAGGAGGCAAAGAAGGGCAACCGCCUUUUGCCGAUACCGUAUGCCACCAAGGGGAUGGACAUCAGCCUUUCAGGAAUCUUGACUUCUAUUGAAGCUUAUACCUUUGACAAGCGUUAUCGACCUGACGGAGGGACCGACAACCCGGAAGAUGACAUCAUCACCCCUGCAGACCUCUGUUUCUCCUUACAGGAGACGGUUUUCGCGAUGCUGGUGGAGAUUACUGAACGUGCCAUGGCACAUAUCGGCAGUAAAGAGGUUCUCAUUGUCGGUGGUGUCGGAUGCAACGAGCGACUCCAAGAAAUGAUGGGAAUAAUGGCCGCUGAACGCCAUGGACAAAUUUUUGCUACUGACGAGAGAUUCUGCAUAGACAACGGAAUUAUGAUAGCUCAAGCAGGCCUUCUCAGCUUCAGGAUGGGCUUCAGCACAGCUUUGGCCAAAAGUACCUGUACCCAAAGAUUCCGAACUGACCAGGUGCACGUUGCUUGGAGGAAGUAG